CAGAUAAUUGCUGCGAGGUACUUUGCGAUCAAUGCUUCGCCUAGAUAUCAGUCUGUAUUGGAAAGUCUCUCCAUGGAUGAUUGCCUGCUACAUCAAUCCGGCUUUAACAAACAGAGUCAUUUCCUAGCUCCUGCCCUGCCCUGCUUCUCCGUGUGGAAAGAGUACGAUCCAAUUCCUCCUCUCUUUGUCCACAGUUUGGGCAUGUCAGGCUUUUAAACACCCGAGUUGUUGGGGAGAAGUUUUUGAGAUCGUUUAACAGACCGAUGGAAGCGUCUGGCUGAGUGGUUUUUGGGGGUCUUUAUGGAUAUCCUCUAGGGGGGACCGGAAGACUCGCCCCUGGAUGCACCAUCAGGUCAGAGCAGGCUGGGAUGGUGGAUGAUGAUUUCUGGAUGUUUUCUGGAUUGUUGAAUUUAUUUUAACUUUUUGUUGAUUCUGCUGAAGACCAGAAAUCAAUCAAGCUUUGAAGACUCUUCCAGGAGGCCAUGCCGGGCAGCCCAGAGAACAUCCCCCUGGGAGAGUGCACCCUCUCCCAGUCCAGGGACCAGCUCACUCCGCCAAGCCGCACAGAGUCCACCGUGUUCAGCCUCUCCCGCAGCGAGUCCGUCUGGACCGCAGAGAACCCCCGCACCGAGAACAAGCGUGAGAUCUUCUGGUUCCCCAUCCACCUCAUGUCAACAGGGGGCAGCUUCCUGGCGUGCGGCAUCAUCAUCAGCGGCCUGUGGUUUGCUGGACACUGCAAGAAGGUCACCAACAUCCUGGGGCCCGCCUUGCUGUCCAUCGGACUGAUGGUUUUUGUGGUGGGCGUGGUCCUGAUCCCUAUCACCAAGGAGAACAGGAAGCGAUUGAACAUGAAGAAGCCGCUCACUUACUACAGGCCGCCACAAUUCAACCUGUGACACAAGACCUGCAGAAACUGGAUUACAUAGAUUCUUUCUAGCAUGGAGCUUUUUAUUCAGAGACUCGUUGUGGUGCGGUCUACCUUUGUUUCUCUGAUGUUUACAGGAUUGGUGCACCUAUCUCAAUCCAAAGUGUGCAUGAAAACGUUUGCAUAAAAACAUGGCUGCCAAAAAAGAAAAAAGGUGCAAGCACAAGGACAACAGUGCACUUAUUACUUACACACAAUUUAGUGUGGAUACUAGAGAGCAUACUGUCCUGAUGAAUAUUUAUGAUGGGAAAGUGGACUUGGGGGAUUUCCUAAUGCUGUGUGCUACACUAUAUGCCAAUUCAUGCAUAAUUAAAAGUUG